UGUCUUAAAAGUAAACGGGAGCCGGCUUGUCCUCGGACGAGUGUAGGAUGUGGGUGGGGCUGUUGGCCAAGCCUGCAAACAGCUGUAAGUUCAUGGAAAGAUUUGCCGCGUCUGGUUUCGUCCGCAUGCGCAAAGGUAAAGAGGCGGGGUAAGUGACGUUGCACCUACCUGAUUAUCUAUGCAUGCCAGGAGCUCAAGCAGCUGCUGAAUGAGGGAAGUUGGGAGUAUGAAAAUGCCCACGGAGAUAUAACGUAGUAAAUUAAACCUGGCAGAAAAAUGCUAUUGCUUAAUGUUGGAUGGACAUUCCUUAACAACCCAUCAUUCCAUUGAUCCGUUUCUAUUUUCAUUUUUGGAAGAACACCGACCAGAUCGUACGGAAUUGAGGCACAAAGGCAGAUGCGGCUCUAGGUUGCGUUGCGGUUGGACUAAGAGUAAUCGUGGGAAAUUUGUUUUAUUUAAUCUGCAGUUGGGUAAAACGGGCUGACCGUGUUGCGGAGUCGGAUCUAUCUUGUAUUGCAGUUCUUUUAGAGGUACACCGAGUGAGCAGAGAUCGACGCAUGGUGAGAUGCCAGUUUGACCUCGCUCAGUUAAACAUUUAAUGAAAUGGCUGGCGCGGUGGAGAUAUUUUGUUCGUUUCACAGAAGCUGCUGUUUUCCAAGGGAAUCCUUGAAGCAAGCGGAGUGAUCCUUUCACAUCCUUUCAUAACAACAUCAAAAUAUCCAUAAAAAUGGGCAACAGUCUAUCGAACAUGUCUGCUUUUCAGUCCUUGCACAUUGUUAUGUUGGGUUUGGACUCUGCCGGCAAAACCACUGUGUUGUACAGACUAAAAUUCAACGAGUUUGUGAACACCGUGCCAACGAUCGGCUUCAAUACCGAACGAAUCAAACUGAGUAACGGGGCCGCAAAGGGCAUCAGCUGCCAUUUCUGGGAUGUUGGGGGACAAGAGAAGCUGCGGCCGCUCUGGAAAUCCUACAGCCGCUGCACGGACGGCAUUAUAUACGUGGUGGACUCUGUAGACGUGGACAGACUGGAGGAGGCGAAAACGGAGCUCCAUAAAGUCACCAAAUUUGCCGAGAACCAAGGAACCCCGCUGCUAGUAAUCGCAAAUAAGCAGGACUUGCCCAGAUCCCUGCCUGUUGCGGAUAUCGAAAAACACCUUGCGCUCCACGAGCUCUCCCCCUCCACCAGCUACCACGUUCAACCGGCUUGUGCUAUCAUAGGCGAGGGGUUAACCGAAGGCAUGGACAAGCUAUACGAGAUGAUCGUGAAACGAAGAAAAUCACUGAAGCAGAAGAAGAAGCAGCAGUCACAGCCGCCACCGCAGCGUUCAUACUGCGAUCGAGGUGCUGAGGAUUUCAGUCGCAGUGAACUUUCUGAAUGAAGCAUUUCUAGACCUGCGCACAUUUGUUUAAACAUUGAAAAUAUCGGGGAGAAUGAGGAAAUGGGAUUCCGCACCCUUUUAACCGAUAGUCCGAGGUUUCGUGCAGCAGCAGUGGAAAUGUCACUUUCGGGGAAGCACACGCACCCCAAUAUUAGCAGAGCAGACGGCGGAGUAAACCCAGGACGUGUUCUGCUGUCCGUUGAUUGCUUUAUUAAUGGUAUUCAUUUAGUCUGCAGUGAUCCAUAUUUUGUUCCUGAAAUUAUUACUGACGUCACCCCCGAGUCACUGUCCAUUGAUUGGUGGGAUGUGUGUUUACAAAUCAAUUAAAAUAAUAACAUUUUAUUUAUUAAAAUGUGAAGAUAAUAGAUUUCCGUUUUUAGUAUAAUAUAUAGGAUUGCUUUAUUUUAUUUUUUUACAGAUUGGGAAUUUCAUUGUGAAGAGUUAUUCUUGAUUUGCCUUUUUCUCUACCCUGUUAUGUCUCCAAUUGUUUACUUUUUUAAUGCAGAUAACUGGAAGGGUCACUUUAUGAUCAUCAGCCACAGGUUUUAAAACUCUACUUUGUCUACUGUUCUAUUUUCACUAAGGAAGUCCACUGUGUGUUUUCCAUCUGUUACAUUAUAAAUCUCUGUAAGUUAUGGUGUGCUGCUUGUGUAAAAAGCCUUGUGGUGGUCCCCACCAUUAAAAGGAGUGAUAUGAAAAUGAAAUUGUCACAGUGAUGAUGCCUGUAUAUUACACAAUCCAGUAAAAACAAACACAUACCAAAUCCUAUGUGAAUGUUUAAUCCUGUAAGAUGUUAUAGGAUUUACAUAUACUGUAUAUAUUUCACAUGACUCAUUUUAAUCUUUUUGAAAUCCUGUUGGAUUUUAUGAGCUGGCAAAGAUGAUUUUUUGCCAGGUAACCUAAUGGAGAGGGUAUUCUGUAACUCACUAUUGUACUGUAUUGCCCGGGGCAUUCAUGAAACAGAGUUUAAUUUACAAAUACUUUCAGAAAAAUAUGGUAUUGACUGUGGCACCAUUUCUGUGUAUUGAUUAUAUUAUUAUUAUUUUUUUUUUUUUUUGCACUUUUGUAGUACAACACUGUAAAAUGAAUAGUGGGUCAAAUGAUCCAAAAAAACUACUGCAGUAUUUUUUAUAUUAAAGUAUUUAAAUUGUAUACACAUACAUUCUAAUGUUACUGUCUGAAACACAACUGUAAGCAUUUCUAUGUUUUUCAUGUUUUGUACCUGGUAACUGGGCUAAUCCUGAUUACCUUAGCUUGUUUUCACCAGAUGCCAUUAAGUCAUUUCCUUUUUAAGGCAUAUCAUUUGAUUUGUUUUUUCAAUAAAAAAUGUUUUAAGAUAUUAUACGUAUCAUUCAAA